AUGAUCGCCUCACUGCUCCUCGCUCUGCUUGCCACUGCUGAGGCCACCUGGUCGCCCCCGGUCUGGCCACCUGUUAUAAAACAACCCUAUUACUGGGGCGACGUGCUAAAUAUCACGAAAUGCUACUGCCAAGGCCUAAAUGAAGACAGGAAUGUGGGUCAUUACUACCAAUUCGACUAUCGGAACUAUCACAAUGAGCAAGAAUACACGUUGGCAUGGACAUGCGAUUCCGAUGUCCGCACUACAGGCUGGGGGACGAUCGGCUCCAAGCGAGUUGAUUUCCUGGUGCCAGACUGCUGGAAUGCCCAUGAUUUAUGGAGGAAAGAGAAACGAAAAGAAUGCAGCAGGUCUAACAUUGGGGAUACUUUCUGCUUUGAACUCGGGAACACUCGCGAUCCCUACGACUAUUACUACUUCAACGGGCAGAAGAGAGGGUUGCCAAACUUCGGUAUCAGGGAGUUUCCCCCGGAUCAAUGCGCUGCUUUGUGCCGGGACAAGGUGGGUGGGAAGGUUGUUGCGAGUGAUACGGAGGGAGGGUGGGAGAAGUUCUUGCCAGGUGUGGAUGACCGGUUGAUGACUCUAAAGAGCUCGUUUGAGAGCUACACCGAUCUUGAUGAUAUGACUGUCAUCUAG